UUUGGAGAACAUUUGACUACAAAUUCGAAAGGGCAACUGGUGAUUGGCAACAUCGUGGAGCCACCUCAAAUACCACCACCUUCCAAACGACCAAGAGUAGAAAGUGUUGAGACAGCUCCAUUAUGCCCGUCUGUUGGUUUAAAUUCAACCACGAUUGCUGCAGUGGUUUCAUCCGUGACAGAACAAUCAAUGAACCCAACAAUCUCAACAGAUUCUUCCACAAAUUCAUCCUCUUGCCUAACGAUUCAAUCCUCGUUUCCGAGCCUUAGCCCUUCUACUGAUGCCGUUCAUCCAUCUACUAAUGUUAGUGCUGAAUCAGUUCCUUUUCACAAUACUACAUGUGAAUUGGGUACCACGACUUUGCCAAACGAAAAAGAAUUAUGUGAAAAUGUACGUUUUUUAAAAGUUGCUGGAACAUGUGUCUCGCUGUGGCUUUUACCCGAACGUGUUGGUGUUAGUCAAUCUUCUACUUGCCUCAAUAUCACAAACGCCAGCACCAUUACAGCUCUUUUUUUGGGUCACAUAUGGCUUGCAACAAGAGUUAAUUUCCCCGAGGAUGGUACUCUCCAUCACUCCUGGUUUUCUUCGAUUCUGUAUGCUACGAAAAAGGGGAUCACUUUAUCGAACGAAUCUGAAGAUGGUGCACGUACACUGACCGUGGAGGAAAAUAAAACUUAUCUAUGUAGAAGUCUUUUAAUUGAUAUCGUCCUGCAUCCAGCAGCAAUAGUCCGAAUGAGCGACCCCAACCCUUCAUCACGUUUGGCGUGCCACCUGGAAAGGAUGGCUGGCAUGAAGGCUGCCAUCUUUAUUCAUUCCGCGAAAGCUGUUCUAUUCUUGUCGUGCAAUAACAACUUGAUGAUGAUCGAUUGCCACAGGAAUGAUAGUUAUGGUGCAGUUAUAGUAAAGGGUGACAUUAAUGAAUUGCCACAGUUUCUCAGGUCGAUAGAAAGCACCCUUGGACUUGACGAGAUUUGCUACGGGGAUUUUAUAUGUUUCACCUAG